AUGCAUCAAUUGUUUGACAUAGGUUACCUCAAUUACAAGCCUGGUUCAUCAGUAGCAGACUUCACCAUCUCCAAACAAACCUUCCUCACUUCCCGCCCAGAAGUCUCUUUUGGAUACAUCGCAUCCAGUUCCCUGGUCUUGGACGCAACAGCCACCUCAGAGCAUCAUAUUCUCCUUUUAAAGCGGGCUGAAACUGACGACAGUGUUGGCAAGUGGGAGCCUACAGGUGGUGCUUGCGAUAACUGCGAUAAGGGCAUCUUAAGUGCUGCCGCACGUGAGCUGCAUAAAGAAGCAGGUCUCGAUGCGAAAUGGAUCGGUAGCCCUGUCAACAAACACCAUUUCUUCACUCUUAACAACGGGAAAAGAGUCUGCCAGUACAACUUUCCGGUUCGCGUAGAUAUGAGCAACCAAGCAAGCAGUGAAGCUAUCCCCGGAUGA